AUGCCCGUACCACCAGUAUUCUCUUGCGUGUCUAAUGCGCUGGACAGGAACCGCUCCCUCUCCAUCCGCUCAAAGGGCCAGGGCGAGAAGUCGUCCAACAAGCACCGCUUCACCAUGGCCAGUCUUCGUGGUCACCAGCAGCCUGAUCUCUCCAAGAAGCUGUACCGCUUGAUCAAGACUGAGAACCACGCCAUCGGCGCAUACGAGGCCGCAGCCAAGGAGCAAGCAAACAUCGCUUCUCAGCUCAGCGACUGGGGUGAGGAGACUGGUGAUGAUGCCAUCUCUGAGAUCUCGGACAAGCUUGGUGUUUUGCUGGCCGAGAUUGCCGAGCAGGAGGAUGUCCUUGCUCAAGGUCUCGAAGACAGCAGAGGUGUCCUCAAGCAGAUCCGCAACACCGAGUCUUCAGUCCAGCCUUCGCGCGACCACAAGGCCAAGAUUUCGGACGAGAUCCAGAAGCUCAAGUACAAGGAGCCUAGCUCGGUCAAGAUCGUCACUCUCGAGCAGGAGCUUGUCCGCGCAGAGGCACAGUCGCUUGUUGCUGAAGCCCAACUUACCAACAUCACCCGCCAGAAGUUCAAGGAAGCCUACGACCUUCACACCGCUGCCAUCAUUGAGCGCGCCGAGAAGCAGAUUCUCCUGGCCAAGAACGCAAGAAAGCUGCUCAACCUCGUUGACGAUACUCCCAUCGUUCCUGGAGAUGUCCACCCUACCUUCACUCACGCCGAGACCGCAAGAGAUGUCCUGAACGUUGCCGAGGACGAGCUCAGAGCAUGGACUGCCGACAUCGAGCCCAUCCACACCAACGCUGGCGGUCUUGGUGUCAACGCCAUGCCUUCCGCUUCCGCUCCUUCCACCUCCAUGCAAGGCCACUCCAGCGAUAUCUCGAGCUCUGUUGAUGCUGGCUCUCACGCUGUCCCCGCUCAGCAGUCCGAGCACUACGCACAGCAAUCCGAAUACUCUACCCAGCAGCACUCCGAGUACCCUCAGUCCGUCGAGUCCUAUUCUACUCCCUCUGAGCCUUCCGCAGCUGUCCACGAGCCUGUCGCAUACCAGACUCAAACCCAGUCCCACACCGCCGCCACCGAGACACCGUACCCCACCGAGGAGCACGAAUCUGAGCACGCUCGUAAUGUAGCUGCUCGUGUCCUCGGCUAG